AUGGACUCUCUCCCCGUCGAGUUACUACGUCUGGUGUACCAACACUGCGACGUCGACUCGGUGAGGAACCUCCGCCUGGUCACGACGACCCUCGCCCAAGUAGGCUACGACUAUCUCAUCCUUCCUCACUUCACGGCCCUCGCCUGGAGGGACGAUGUCAAGCGGCUGCAUUCGAUAUCGAGCCAUCAACGCUUGAGACACACCGUCCAAGCCGUCACCGUCAACCUGUCCGAAGUGGACGAGUACAACGCCCAGCACGCAUCCUACUUUCAACACUAUCUACAGGACCCAGAAGAGCAGUCGGCUGUGCUGGCGGAAGCCUGGCUUCAGUAUGCGGACAUCGUCAAGUCGAGGGACGAGGUGGGCCCUCUCCACGAGCAGGCAACGGCCUUGAGCGAAGCGUUCGGCCGGCUGCCCAACUUGCAAGAGCUUGAAGUUACCUUCGCCAGAUGUCCGUUUGAUAUCGAGGUGCUCAAGGAUGCAUUCAAGGUCCCCAGCUGUCGGAAGAUGGACUAUACAAGGGCAUGCAAAGACCUCACGACCAUCGUGUCUGCCAUGCAGAGGACGGAGCUGACCUCCUUCUCCGUCGAGCGUCUGCCCUUGGAGGUGUUUCGCGGACCGGCAGACCGAAAGCUGUGGGCCGACUCGCGAGAUGUCUUUGCUGGUCUCUCCCGCCUCGAGCUCACGAUCGACUGCUCCAACGUCAACCUCCCGGCGACCAAGUUCAAGGCCAUCCACGGACUUGGGAACAUCCUCCGCUUCUCAGGGAAUGUCUCGCACCUGACGCUGCGUUUCCAGAACUACAACUCCCGCCAGACCAAGUUCCUCCUCUGGCUCGAGGAGCUAGUUGGCGAUUUUGUCUUCCAGAACCUGACCGACUUCACGCUGGAGGGUGUGCUGUGCGACGAGGCUGAACUGCGCGGUUUCAUCCUGAGACACUCGGCGACCCUUGAGCGCCUCCGGCUGGGCGGCCGGGGACUGGCCAAGAGCUUCGAGCGGUCCAUGGGCGGAAUCCAUCUCUGCCGCGGCAGCUUCCGGUCGCUCUUUGCCUCCCUCCGCGGCCGCAUGCCGCGCCUGCAGCGGGUGCACCUGGAGGGUGACUUCCAGUGCGAGACGCUGGAGGCCAACUCCAACGAGAACUACCGCUUCCACGCCAUCACGGACGACGACUGGUCGCCCCUGCCGGCAAAGACUCGGCUUCCUGCGAACCAGCAGACCAUCGAUGGCUCUGAAUUCGAGAGGUUUCUGAUCGAGGGCGGCAACUAUCCGGCCGCCGCCCGUGGACCAGGCAUAUCGGCAGCUUGA